CCGUGUGGUCAGAGCUGGACUGGAAGAUGCGGAAGGAGGCUGAGCGGGGAACUCCAUUUGAAGCCGAACGUUAGGCAGCCAUACUGGGUUUUCACUGUUGGAGUAUCGGCUUGUCUGUGCAUCGGCUUUUCGGUUCCUUCAGGAGAGAACUAUGAUAGAAGAAGAGAACCAUCAGCACAGUUUGGCCGACGAAGCUACCGAAGCUAGCAAGGAAGAAUGCUCCUGGCCUGUGCUUAACUUCAAUAUCCCUGCGCAGAGAAUCUACCAUUUCCACCAACAGUUCACAACUCCUUCAAACCCUAACAAUUUUCUCAAGGGCGUUAAAUGGUCACCUGAUGGUUCCUGCUUUCUUACGAGUUCCGACGAUAACACUCUCCGACUUUUCGUACUACCAGAGAAUGAAAACGGUUUUCCUCUUGAUCUUUGUUCUGUAGCUACAGAAGAUGAUUCGUUUGCUGCAAAUAUAGUCAUGGUUGAAGGAGAGUCUGUAUAUGAUUAUUGUUGGUAUCCUUACAUGUCUGCCUCAGAUCCAGUGACUAAUGUUUUUGCAACUACCACCCGAGACCAUCCAAUACAUCUAUGGGAUGCUACUUCAGGCCAGCUGCGUUGUACAUACCGAGCCUAUGAUGCUAUGGAUGAAAUCACUGCUGCCUUUUCAAUUGCAUUCAACCCAGCUGGGACUAAGAUAUUUGCUGGAUACAACAAAUCUAUUAGGGUGUUUGAUUUACAUCGGCCUGGUAGAGAUUUUGAAUUGCAUUCUACUGUGAAAGAUAACAAAGAAGGCCAACUGGGCAUUAUAUCUGCAAUGGCUUUCUCUCCAUCUCAUACGGGGAUGCUAGCUAUGGGUUCAUACAAUCAAAUUACUGCUAUAUACAGGGAAGAUAAUAUGGAACUCUUGUAUGUUUUGCAUGGGCAAGAAGGUGGGAUUACACAUGUCCAGUUCUCUAGAGAUGGAAACUAUUUAUACACUGGAGGCCGGAAGGACCCUUACAUACUCUGCUGGGAUGUGCGCAAAACCGUUGAUUGUGUCUACAAGUUAUACAGAUCAUCAGAAAACACCAAUCAGCGGAUACUGUUUGAUAUUGAGCCUUCCGGACAGCAUCUUGGUACUGGUGGUCAGGAUGGCUUAGUUCAUAUAUAUGAUCUUCGAACUGGGCAAUGGGUUUCAUGCUUCCAAGCUGCAUCAGACACUGUAAAUGGCUUCUCUUUCCAUCCAUUUCUGCCACUUGCAGUAUCCUCCUCCGGUCACCGAAGAUUUGUAAUCCCUGAUGAUGAGGACAACGAGGAUUUGUGUUUGAGUGGGAGUGAAAACUGUGCUUCUGUGUGGAGGUUCACUUGUGGUUCAAUGAUGGAUAAUGGUGCGAUGGAUGAUGGCGGUUUCAGCAAUAGUCAAGCCUGAAUAUGGAAAUGUGAUAAAUUUUCUCUGCAUUCAUCUUGCUUCGAUCCGGCGAAUGUAAUUUCAAUACAUCUGUUAUUAACGAUGGAGAUAGUUGAUUGCUCAAUUGGUCCUUUUUUUGCCCUUUUUUUAACUGAAGAAUCUUUAUUUUAACUAGAAGCUGAUCAAAUAGUUCUCAUUUUGCAGAUCUCAGGCUGCU